UGUUACGUCACACAGUGAGCGGGAGGGUCUGCGCGCGCGCAGAUGGUAAGCAGUAGGUGGAGGGUCGAGGGAGCUGUAAGCGUCUGCGCUUCGUGGGCCCGGAAGGGGAACUGCGCGGUCGCGGGGACCGGGGCCUGAGCAUUUCAGAUCUGCUUGGUGAACCUGGUGCACCACCAUGCUGGCCGCGAGACUCGUAUGUCUUCGGACGCUCCCUUCCAGGGUUUUCCACCCAGCUUUCACCAGGGCCUCCCCUGUUGUGAAGAAUUCCAUCACAAAGAAUCAAUGGCUCCUAACACCCAGCAGGGAAUAUGCCACCAGAACAAGAAUUGGGAUCCGGCGUGGGAAGACUGGCCAAGAACUCAAGGAGGCGGCGAUGGAACCGUCGAUGGAAAAAAUAUUUAAAAUUGAUCAGAUGGGAAGAUGGUUUGUUGCUGGAGGGGCUGCCGUUGGUCUUGGAGCGUUGUGCUACUAUGGCUUGGGAAUGUCUAAUGAGCUUGGAGCCAUUGAAAAGGCUGUAAUUUGGCCUCAGUACGUGAAGGACAGGAUCCAUUCUACCUAUAUGUACUUAGCAGGAAGUAUUGGAGUAACAGCUUUGUCUGCCCUGGCAGUGAGCAGAACUCCUGCUCUUAUGAACUUCAUGAUGAGAGGCUCAUGGGUGACAAUCGGUGCAACUUUUGCAGCCAUGAUUGGAGCUGGAAUGCUCGUGCAGUCAAUACCAUAUGACCAGAGCCCAGGCCCAAAGCAUCUUGCUUGGUUACUCCAUUCUGGUGUGAUGGGUGCUGUGGUGGCUCCGCUGACGAUAUUAGGGGGGCCUCUUCUCAUCAGAGCUGCCUGGUACACAGCAGGCAUCGUGGGAGGCCUCUCCACAGUGGCCAUGUGUGCGCCCAGUGAGAAGUUCCUGAACAUGGGUGCACCCCUGGGAGUGGGCCUGGGUCUCGUCUUCGUGUCCUCACUGGGAUCUAUGUUUCUCCCACCUACCACUGUGGCUGGGGCCACUCUGUACUCAGUGGCGAUUUAUGGCGGGCUAGUUCUCUUCAGCAUGUUCCUUCUGUAUGACACACAGAAAGUCAUCAAGCGUGCAGAGCUGGUGCCAGCAUAUGGAGUUCAGAAGUAUGAUCCCAUCAACUCGAUGCUGGGAAUCUACAUGGAUACAUUAAAUAUAUUUAUGCGAGUUGCCAGCAUUCUAGCAACUGGAGGCAACAGAAAGAAGUGAAACGACUCGGCCUCUGAGUUUGUACACCGGAUAUCGUGCUUGUGUGAUAGGGGCGGACAUUCAUUACAUAGUUGGCUCAAGCAGCUUCCCUUGACGUGUAGAAGUUAAGAACUUGUCAACAUGGUUCAGAUGUUCCAGUGAUACGAUGCUUCAGGUCUGCUUGUACUUCCGGAGAAUAAAUUCAGUAAUUCUCUUCCAGAUAAGCACAUCCAUUUCCAAUUCUCAUGUUUUGAGUAAUUCUAAAAUGUUUUAAUGAAUGUGAAAACUAAGGUUUGCGCUGUGAGAAUUUGUGUUUUAUGUAUUUUUAAAUUUAUCUGGUUAUGUGAAAAUUAGCAAGCUUGUGUUUACCUGCAUAUUUGGAGGAAUGCCGAGUAUUAACAAGUAAUGUCCUAAGGGGCAUAGAGGUUCGGCACAGGGACCAGGGAGAAGGGAGCCACCUGCUCUGUUUCUUUGACUGCUUAGAACUUAGCGCUCGGGUAGCUGGUGGGGAGCCAGUGAGAGGGAAACAGUCAUUGCCAUGUCCGCGUUCCUCUGCUGAGCGGACCGAAGCUGUGAGCGUGAAGCUGACAGGGAUGACUCAGUCUGCUCUCCUGGCUCAGCCUGGGCUUGAGCGCUCUCUGCAGCGGAGCCUGAGCCUGCUUGGCUUCUUGUUUGACGUUGUCCCACAGUCCAGAAUGUUGAUCAUGUGGAGGAUUCCUGGUCUGUAAUACAUGUUACAUACGUGUGUGUGUGUGUGUGUGUGUGUGUGUACCUUUUACUUUUGAAUCUGCUAAAACAAAAUAUCCUUAACUUUUCUCAGGACAAAAUAUUCCCAGCAUGAAAUUGUUGUAUUUUCAAGUAUGCAAAUAGUAUGUUUAUAAUUGCUGAGUUAUUUUGCAUAUUUAUUGAAAUGUUUAAUAGAAUACAUGCUUGCCUUGCUCAUCUCUUCAAGCUUUGAAGCUUUUAUCAGAAAAGCCUCUUUGUGGCUUACACUUGAGAUUAUGAAAGCAGUUUUUCUCCUAAGACUGUUGGUUUCUUGUGUUCCCUCUCAGACUAAGCACUGAAAAGGAGAACUAGUCUUUCUUCAUGGACUACACAAUAAAAAAUGCAGUGGGGGAAGUGCUUUGCUAGAGUUCCCCAGCAGAGUUUCCCUUCUCUCCUGCACACACCAUCACUGAACUCGUGAGGUUUGUAGGGUUUUUGAUACAGAAGAGUUACUUUUGGAAGUUCUUAAUGAAUGAAUGAAGUGUAUAUGAUUAUUGAGAUUGGCGUUCUUGGCAAAUAUUAUAGUAAUCCAGAAAUAACUAUUCUAACCGCCUCAGAUCACAUAGGAUGCUUGUUUCUGAAAGAAUAAAGGUUCCAGCCCGA